AGCUGUAAUUUACAUUUCGGACUGAUCUCAUCUGCCAUUGAGCUACCUCCAAGAAAGAGAAGCAUAUUUAGAGAUAUACCUUAGUGAAAUAAGAAAGGCAUAAACGGUGCACAGACCACUCUUAGCUUUUAAUUCACAAACAAGGGAACUGGGAUACGCAACGCCAACGGGAGAGUUUAAGAUCCGUGCCUGGACCGGGCCGAGCUGACCGAGGGCCUGCCGAGGGCGCGCAGCAUCAUGGCCGAGCCGGACUACAUCGACGGGGCCUGCGACGAGCUCAUCAAGCCCAAGAAGCUUGUCAACCCUGUGAAGUCGUCCCGCAACCACCAGGACCUCCACCGCGAGCUGCUGAUGAACCAGAAACGGGGUCUGGCUCCCCAGAACAAGCCGGAGCUGCAGAAGGUGAUGGAGAGGCGGAAACGGGACCAGAUCCUGAAGCAGCAGAAGGAGGAGCAGGAGGCCCACAAGAAGAGGUCGGACCUGGAGAUCGAGCUCAUGAAGAGGCAGCAGAAACUGGAGCAGCUUGAGCUAGAGCAGCAGAAGUGUGAAGAGGAGCAGGAGAACACGCCCGAGUUCGUCAAGAUGAAGGGCAACCUGAGGAGGACGAGGCUGGAGGCGGAGCCACAGGAGCACGCCCCAUAGAGGAGGAGGAGACAGUGGGGUGGAGGGGGGGUGGGGGGUGGAGUCCACAGCACAUGUUGCCAUGGGAAUGGCAGUCUGGAGGGCAUUUCCUGAUGUACCUGGCCCCCGUGUCCCUUUAAGCAGUGAAGUGACUGACUGUGUAGAUGAAAAGUCCCCUGCAGCUCAGAGGCUCACCAGUAUUCACCAAUAUACAGCAGUAUACACUUCUCUCAUUGGCCGCAGUGGGAGCGCAAACUUGCAACUGGUCAAAAGCAGGCUGACCCUGGAAGAAGCAUGUCGCCUUGACAGACAGAACUGAAAAGGGUUUUUUUUUACUGAGUUUUUUUUUUGUGUUUGGAAAGCUACAGAAAGCUACUUUUAUUUUCCACAUUAUGAAUGGAAACUUGGACACUGGAUGAACUCUUGAAGCCGCGCUGAAGUCUUUUU